UUGGUUAUUGGCGGUGGAGCUUCAGGUUCUGGCGUUGCUUUGGAUGCUCAGUCUCGAGGAUUAAAAACUGCGUUGGUCGAAUAUGAUGACUUUGCCAGUGGGACAAGUUCAAGAAGCACGAAAUUGAUCCACGGAGGGGUUCGAUACUUGCAAGCUGCUAUUUUCGGUUUGGAUCGGGAGCAGUAUAGGAUGGUCAAGGAAGCCCUCUUUGAACGUGCUAAUUUAAUUCAUUGUGCCCCUCACUUGGCUUUUCCACUGCCCAUUAUGCUGCCGAUUUAUAAAACGUGGCAAGUUCCAUAUUACUGGCUGGGAGUUAAAUUAUACGACUUUGUUUCGGGAAAACGUGUUUUAAGAAAUUCCUUUUAUAUAAGUAAGGAAAACGCCUUGGAACGCUUUCCAAUGCUUAAACGUGAUUCUUUAAAAGGGGCACUGAUUUACUACGAUGGCAUGCAUAAUGAUGCCAGGAUGAACUUGUCUGUGAUAUUGACAGCAAUAAGACUUGGGGCUAAAGCUGUGAAUCACACCAAAGUGGAAGGAUUUCUGAAAAAUAAAGAUGGAACAUUGUGUGGUGCUCACGUUAAAGAUAUGCUAACUGGAGAUGAGUGGGAUAUCAAAGCAAAGGCGGUGGUGAAUGCUACUGGGCCAUUCACAGAUUCCAUUCGUUUAAUGGCAGAUCCAGAUGCAAAGCCAAUCUGCCAGCCUUCUGCUGGCGUCCAUAUUGUUCUGCCUGCUUACUACUGCCCGGCGAAUACUGGUCUUCUGGAUCCGUCAACGAGUGAUGGACGUGUCAUAUUUUUUUUACCUUGGGAAGGUAUGACCGUUGCAGGCACUACAGAUGCUCCUACUAGUGUCACUUUCAGUCCAAGUCCUAGUACUGUUGAUAUAGAAUUUAUUCUUCAAGAGAUACGUCGGUAUCUAUCUGAUGAUGUUCCAGUUCGUCGUGGAGACGUCAUGAGCGCUUGGUCAGGGUUAAGGCCAUUAGUAAGGGAUCCGAAUAAGAAGGACACAAAGUCUCUAGCCAGGAAUCACAUUAUUGAAAUAUCGAAAAGCAAAUUAAUUACUAUAGCUGGUGGUAAAUGGACAACAUACCGACACAUGGCUGAGGAAACAGUUGAUGCUGCAGUUAAAGCUUGUGAUCUAAAGCAGCGGAACCCUUGUAUAACUGCUGGUUUGUUACUAGAGGGCGCUCAUCACUGGGAUCCGCUGUUACACAUUCGUCUAGUCCAGGACUAUGGGCUUGAGGAGGAUGUGGCGAAACAUUUAUCCAAUACCUAUGGCGAUAGAGCAUCCGUAGUUGCUCGCUUGUGCCACAUGACUGGAAAACGUUGGCCAGUGGUUGGUCACAGGCUGCAUGUAGAAUUUCCUUAUGUAGAUGCAGAGGUUAGGUACGCAGUCCGCGAGUAUGCCUGUACCGCAAUAGAUGUUAUCGCUCGUCGGCUUCGACUAGCUUUCCUAAAUACUUAUGCUGCUGAUGAAGUUCUGGAAAAUGUUGUGGAAAUUAUGGCACAGGAAUUGGGAUGGGAUAAAAAGGAAUGCGAUCGACAAAUUGCUGAGGCCCGGAAAUUUAUCAAUGUCGAGAUGGGCCAGAAUGCACGCAUGCAGUCUGUUUCUGAAGCCCCACUGAGCUUGACAAUGGAAGAGAUGACGGCUGCGAAACAGCGUUUCAACUUGCUUGAUAGGGACAAUAAAGGCCACAUAACCCUCAAUGACCUACGCAACCAUUUCAGGGCGCAUGGUGAGAAGAUUGAUGAACGUCUCUUGCAUGAGAUUUUAAAUGAAGUGGAUCUGAAUAAAAAUGGAGAAAUUGACAUGAAUGAGUUCUUUAUAAAUCGUCUAGCUCGUUAUUUAGAGCAGUUUCAAGAAAGAACUAUAGUCCAUGUUGACCGGUCUGGAGGAGGAUUAUAG